GGCAUCAGCAGCGCGCGAGAGAAAGAGCGGGAGGAGAGAGAAGACAGUGACUGCAGUUGCAUGCUCUCUCUCGACGUUGGAUGGAUGUUGUUGUAAGAGCAUCUGCAACUGGGAAAAAAGGAGUGGGGAAGAGGAGGUAUACACUAACUUACCGAGGAAAGAUCUAUGCUUGGAUUUCGGCUCUUUUUUCUUCGCCAAUGCAAAAGGAAAUAUGCAGCGAAGCUUCACCCUCCUGUACACCAGUUUUCUGGGGAUGUGCUUGGGUUCAAGUUUUCCAAGUAACAUCAAUAUAGGGGGACUAUUCCCAACCGAAUCUCACGAAUAUGAGGUGUUUCGGUUCGCGCUCUCGCACCACCAGGAUAUCCCCAAACUGGUGCCGCAGGUGGACAUGGUCAAGAUGGGCAACAGCUUCUCCAUGACAUAUGCCU